CACCGUCAUCAGCCAGUCACGAUUGGGGCUCCUUCACGUGUCACUUCCAUGAUCAUGAUCACCCUCCUUCUCCUCGUCCGUAUCACAAGGCUUUCUACUUCGCAUGCAAUGGUCGUGCAUUAAAAAGCACCCCCCCCCCUCCCACCCCUGCGCCCGCCUAGGAUACAUGUGAAGCAGCAUGCACGCGACGGGCGGCGGAGCGGCUGACACCGAUGCUGCAGACAACCAGCACCGUGCGGCGCAAAGGAUGGAGAGGACGCCCGUGGGGGAACAACAGCGUCGGACCGACGACCAGUACCAGCAGCAAGGGCCGUCUUCAGCCACGCACGGCGUGCUCGAUAAACUGUUUGGAAAGAGGCUCCUGCAGGCCAGACACUAUAUAUUGUCGAGGAAGUCCUGGCUGAAGAUGGUUCCUACGGAAAACUGUGACAUCCUGAUGACAUUCCCAGGUACUGUCAAGCAUCUUAGACCGGAUUCAGUCGAUGACCACACUCUGCUGUGGCUCCUGAAUCAAAUCCGUGUUGGAAUCCCACAAGUCAGUAUUCAAGUCCGACAGCAUAAACAUACGCAGGCUUAUGCCUUCUUCAUCACCACUACGUUUGAGAAUUUACUGCGGGGAGCGGAACAGAUGAGCAUGCACAAGGCUGUCAAGCCUCAGUUUGGCGGCGGGAUGCGACGCUUCUCUUGCGAAGAGGACAACAUCUAUGAGAACAUAGAGAGCGAGCUCUGCUUCUUUACGUCGCAGGAGCGUCAGAGCAUCAUCAAGUACUGGCUUGACAACCUGCGAGCCAAACAGGGAGAAGUGCUUCACAACAUUCACUUUCUGGAGGGACAACCCAUUAUUCCAGAACUGGUGGCCCGUGGUGUGAUCCAUCAGAUGUUUCCUCUCCACGAGCAGAGGAUCCUUAAUCAGCUGAUGACGUCAUGGGUCCAGGCUGUUUGUGAAAGGCAGCCUUUGGAUGAUAUCUGCGACUACUUUGGAGUGAAGAUCAGCAUGUACUUUGCCUGGCUCGGUUUCUACACCAACUCUAUGCUUUACCCUGCAGUCAUUGGCUUUCUCCUGUGGAUACUUGCAGAAGCUGAUCAGACCAGUCAGGAUAUAUGCUGUGUGGUGUUUGCGCUCUUCAAUGUGGUGUGGGCGUCCUUGUUUUUGGAACGCUGGAAGAGACGAGAAGCCGAGCUGGCCUACAGGUGGGGUACCCUUGACACACCUGCAGAGUCCUUGGAGGAGCCCAGACCACAGUUCAGGGGUGUAAAACGUUGCAGUCCCAUAACAGGCUGUGAAGAAUUCUACUACCCUCCAUGGAAGAGGGUUAUGUUCAGAUGGCUGGUCAGCCUCCCCAUCUGCCUCCUCUGCCUCUGUUUUGUCUUCCUCAUCAUGCUGCUCUGUCUGGAACUGCAGGAAGUGGUUAUGGAGAUUCAGGAGCUACCUAGCAUCACAAGAUUUAUUCCCAAGAUUCUGCUGGCUAUCACUGUAACCAUAUGUGAUGAGGUUUAUAAGAAGAUUGCCUAUUGGCUCAAUGACAUGGAAAAUUAUCGACUUCAGAGUGCCUACGACAAUAAUCUCAUCAUCAAGAUGGUUUUUUUUGAAUUCAUCAAUUCUUAUCUAAGUCUUUUCUACAUUGGAUUCUACCUCAAGGAUAUGGAGCGACUAAAAGAGAUGCUUGCAACACUACUGAUUUUCCGUCAGUUCCUCCAGAACAUUAAAGAGGUCCUCCAGCCUUACCUUUAUGAACAAAACAAGCUGGGGGUGUUCACCCCCAAGAUCCUGUGGGAGCUUCUACAAGCCAUCAUGCUCAAGUAUGGCCGCCUGGCUCUGGGAAAGGCCCAAGCGUCAAUAACGGCGUACUCUCUCCUGGGCCCCAGAGGACUCCCAGCCAGCGACAGCACGGGCGUGGACAGUCAGCCAAAGACGAGGGGCGAUUUGAAAGCUGGAUUCAGGCUGACGGAAGAAGAGUGGGAUAUGAAUGACAGCGCCCUGAAGCAACGGAAAGUCAGCUUCACAGAGAAAGUCGACUACCAGGACGUCACAGCGGAAGCGCAGACGGCGGAUGACGCCUUCCCUGAGGACAGCCCCACGCUGGUGGAGAACGGAAUGGAUCCGUCCAGUAUUUUUGACAGUUGUGACGACGACAGCGAUCUGGAAUUGCUGUCUCAGGACACGAAAGAGAAUACCACCGUGUCCUCUUCAAGAGAACCAAACGGUCUCCGUCAGAGAAGAAAAAACAUGGAUGAGACCAAAGAGGACAAGAAGUCCUGGAUUGAUCCGCCAGAAGAACCCCAAACUGUCACUCUCGCGCAAGCUGAGAUCGAAAGCUGUAUGCAGACGUAUGAGGAUACUCUUCAGGACUACCAGGAGAUGUUCAUUCAAUUUGGUUAUGUGGUGCUCUUCUCCUCUGCCUUUCCUCUGGCCGCCAUGUGUGCGCUCAUCAACAAUAUCAUCGAGAUCCGCAGUGAUGCCCUCAAGCUCUGCACGGGCCUGCAGAGGCCCUUUGGCCAAAGGGUGGAGAACAUUGGCCAAUGGCAGACUGCAAUGGAGGCCAUGGGCUUGAUAGCCAUUAUUGUUAACUGUUACCUGAUUGGUCAGUGUGGUCAACUGCAGCGUCUUUUCCCCUGGUUGAGUCCCGAGAUGACCGUCGUCUCCAUUGUGUUGUUGGAGCACUUUGCCAUCCUCCUAAAGUACAUCAUCCAUGUUGCCAUCCCUGAUAUCCCCGGUUGGGUAGCAGAAGAGAUGGCCAAGCUAGAAUACCGACGAAGGGAAGCUUUCAAGAGGCAUGAACUGCAGGCGCAGCAACAUUUCCAACAACAGCUCAGACGUCGCCGCGAGGAAGAGGAACUUCAGCGUCAGGCGGAGGCGCGUCAGGAGAACGAGUGCCACAAGUCGGACGCCCAUCACCAGCAUCACCAUGAGAAAGCGGCGGGCGGCAAGCCCAAAAGACCCAGCUCCCUGCUCGGGAACAACAACGUGAUGAAGCUGAAGCAGAUCAUCCCCCUUCAGGGUAAGUUCUCCUCCAGUAGCUCCCGCUCCCCGGCUCAGUCACCCACUGGGGGAGAAGCGAAGCUUCCAGGAUUCCUCAAGUUUUUAAAGUCGACAGAGGUGAAAAAAGAACCCGCUACAGCUGCGGGAUCACCCGGAUCGACGGGGAGCUCUUCGGCCACCGGUGGCGGCCAGGAACGAAAUCAGUCGCCCAACAGGACAUUCAGUCCGGGUAAGCUGUUCAGUUUCAGCAAGUCGGAGGGAACCGUGGUGUAUGCUAACGGGAUGCAGCCUCCCAGCCAGGCGGACAGUUGUCAUGCCAACAGGGCUGAGCUCAACUCGACUCAUGAGGAAUUACCGUCAAAUGAGUCUGAUAAAGGAGAGGUUGACUUAGAAAGCUCAGGCUCAAAGAAUUCAUAAACAUUCCAGUGUAUUAAAAAAAAACAAAAACAAUAAAUGAAAUACAUUAUUUGCAAUGUCAGUGAUUACGUUAAAACAGACACUUGCACAGUAGUGGCACAUGUCAAGUCUGGCCUAUGGAAAGCCGUUGACUCGAAAGCUGUAAAGUUUAUUUACAGUGAAUCCAUGCGUAUUCACAAAUAUUUUGAGCGUGAAUGUGUAUUGGUGUGAUGCCAACUUUAGGCUUAAGAUUAUAUUUAAGUGCGGGGAGGAUCUUCAUUUAGUCAGGUCGUAGUCUUGCUAAGUUAAAAAAAAAAACUUUGCCGGCAGCUUUUGGGGGUAUUUUGUUCCGAGCUUUGCAGAAUUGUUUUAUCUCAGUAACACUGGAAGGUAUUACAGAAUAACCUGUCUAUUUAAAGUCAUGCUACACCACCUCAAUUGAUUUUUAAGUCCCAACUUUGACUUGGCAACUCAAUAACCUGAAGAAGUGGACUGGCUUGGUUUUUUUUUUUCGGGUAGUUGCUCUGUCUCACACUCCUGGAGUGCUUGAGCAACAGGGCACAAGCGUUCCCCUGCAGGAUUUUCUUGUAGACAGCAGACCAUUUUCUACCAUUAAUUCAUUCACUCCCAAAGACGUUUUUAAACGUCUUUUCAGACUUGGUCCAGAAUUGGCUGGUACUGAAUGAGUUAAUCACAACAUAUCGUCCAGGUCUCGAAGUCGCACCAGAUCAUCACCCUGUCGCCACCUUGUUUGGUUGAUGUUCGUUUUAUCAAAUGCUGUUAUUUUUAUGUCGGUUAUAACACACGUAGCACACGCUCUUACUACAGUGUUGAAUUGUCGUACCAAGUGAGGACAAAGAACAUACUAGUACAUGGAUCUUUAACGAUCAAACGGCUUUUCAUACUGGCGGAACGCAUGUGAGGUCAACAGAUAAAUGCACCUUACUUUGCACAAAGCAUCGAAAUAUGUACAAGUUCUUACAGCUUCCAUGUAAAUACAUGUGCUGUACAGUGAAUGUGAUUCUUCGAAUGAAUCUUUUUCUUUCGAGAUAUAACUGUUGCAUGACUCAAGUCACAUUCCAGGUUUGAUUCUCCUUUUCAAGCCUGCAUUGAAUGCAUACUGCGCAUGAGUGACCUGUUCAUGAUGUGUUCUUUAGCACUUUAAAAAAAAAAAAAGCCAACGUAUUCUUCUGCAAUAGCUCACAUUCUAGUCACUGUGACCAUGAAAAGUCUUAUAUUUUUCUCAAAUGUCAUUUCUUUUUUUUUAAUGAAUUAUUUUGUUACAUGGAUUCGUGAAUGUAUUCCUGAUGCAAAUGAAUACCACUUGAAUCAAGUCAAAGGCAUAUGAGUUUACACUUAAUAAACAUUACAGAUAAAAGAAAAAA